AUGAGACCGCUGCAGGGCUGUCGAGGCCGGGGCGUCGUCGUGGGGACCGUCACCCUCUGCCUGGCCGCCGGGUGGGCUCUGCAGACUCCUGGAGGAGUAUCCUUAGUUGUCCCACAACCCAACAUCAAUGCAACAGUGGCACAAAACAUCCUCCUCUCAGUUGAAUACUCUUGCCGAGGCGUGGCUACCAUUGAGUGGAAGCAUGUGUCAAGCUGGGGCACCACCAGCAUUGUUGAGUGGAGAAGUGGGAAUUAUGUCAACAUAUCCACGGUCUACAAGGACAGAGUGACUACUUUUGAAAACGGUUCUAUACAGCUUCGGAAUGUGGGCAUGAGAGAUGCUGGCUACUAUUUUGUCACUGUAAUGGAGGAGCAUGGAACCAAUGCCUAUGGCACCAUCAUAGUCAAUGUUUACGAGAUUAUCUAUGAAGAUUUGCAUUUUGUAGCAGUUCUCUUCACAUUUCUCGCUGCAGUAUCUGCCAUUCUAAUCUGCUUCAUGUGGCUGUGUAAUAAAUCUCUGCAUCUAUUUCAGAAGAAAACAACACACAAACUAACAGCAAGUACAAGAGAAGAGAUUGAACUGGAAACCAUUGAGUGUUAGCCAAGGACUGUAUCAUAAUAACAAUUCUACCUCAGGAGAAAGUAUUGGCCAAGAAAGCAAGAACAAACCUAGAAAGUAAAAUGUUUGUGACUACUGCAGGAACAUCCUGACUUGCAAAGUAAUUAAAGCAGCAAUGUCUGAUGGAGCUGUUUUGACCUGGUAAAUUUUCGGUUCUGCUAGUCAAGGUCAGAGUAAAAAAGAGUAUGCUUCAUGAACACAUUUUUGUGGCUAGCUAAUAAAAUCUACAGCCUCUACCACUCUUGAAAACAACCAACCAACCAAGCCUCUAAGAUCAACCCAUAAAGGAAAUUAUCAUGGUCUUGAAGGACACCUGUAUUUUGGAUACAGCAAGUCUCCUAUGACAGACAGAGUGGUCAUUAGCAUCCAUCAACAUAAUAAAUUAAAUAUCUAAUUACAGUAUUACAUUAAAAAAUUAAUUGCAAGCAUUGAAUCCUGUUUAUUGCACCUGUGCUGCUACUUUUGUGUGUAAGGAGCUUCCUGAAGCUCUGAAGACAAAGUACAAUUUUUCAUGAGACAAAACUGACUUUGAAAGAAUGCUGAGCUGGUCAAAGUUCUCCCACUUGUGUUUCCAAUUGUUUACACUGCCCCAGGAUGGAUGUUAACACACAUUUUAUGACAUUACUAGAGCAGGUGGUUGUACAAGGAACAGUGUAGGCAGGCACUAAAGAGGACACUGUCUAUAAAGAUUAGGAAGGUCAGAUAUAUAAAUAUAAAAUACUGAUACAACACCAGUGGGGUGGCAAAGUACUGAACAGUUUUGUUGUGAAAGAUGUCCUUUGCAAACAUAGCCCAGUGAUGAACAAUCUAUCAGAAAAAUUAAAACAGCUUUACUUUGAAAUACAGUAUUUACAAAUACAGUUCUAAAAUUGCUCUUGUUGAAAUACCACCUU